UGUUAUUGUUUGUGUUAUUGUGUUGUGUAUUGACAGGAACAACAGCAUUGUUUUAUGACUGUUCCGUGAAGAAGCAAUGAGUCUCUGAAGUUUGUUUACAGAAGUAAUAUUAUUCAAGAAACUGAAUCAAAAUGAAAGAAGUUGAAGUUAAACAUUCAAAUUUACGGGAUCGUCUUGAAGAAAUUGUAUCUGAAAGAUCAGAAACUGGCGAAUGGAGAGUUAUUGGACAAGAACAAGAUGGCGCACUGUUGCUUUGCUGGAUGUCGGCUGAAACGUCCUAUUCCGAAAUUGGUGUCUUUGAUUCUGACAACAAUUCAUAUACUGUUCUCUAUAAAUUCGAUACGGUGAGGAAUGUGAUACAAGCAUCUGUAAAUUUGAAUAGAACUUUGCUAGUUUUCAGUGUAUAUGAGAAAGAUGAUGAGAUUGAAAGCAACGAAAAAGAGAAGGAGAAUAAUAAUUUAUACAGUUUAUUUCUGGCAAGAGUGAACGGAGAUGUUGCUGUUGAACUUCAUUCCAAGAAACAGAAUCAAAUAAUGGCUCAGUUUUUAUACUGGCGAAAGAAAUCGCCUGAUAAAUUUCUGGUUCUGGCACACCAAGAAGCUAUUCAAAUUUACCAAGUGGAAGGAAGUGAUGAUGAAAGUGAGCAGACAGCCGAUGGUGUGCGAGUGAGUGGGGCAGUGGAGACGAUAGUGGGUGCAUUCGCGUGGGGCCAGUGGGACCCCACACACCAGGCGCUCUACCUGAUCCACUACCGCAAGCCGUUGCAUCGUGUGGAGGGCGAAACUCAACCUGACGAGACUGAAUUGGCUCCCACUCUGUCAGCGCUCCAGUUUCACGAGGACAUGCCACACGAAACUGUCUUGAACAUACCGCUGAACUUGCCUGGCAUGGAGGGAGAGAAGGGUGAAGCGGCUGCAGCAGCUGAGUGUCGUACGUAUGAAAACGAUGCGGUUCCGCUGAGAGUGCACGACUGCUCACUAGAUGUCACCGUGGUGUCCGACUCAAAGUGCAUUCUCUGCAUUUGUCAUCAUUACUUGUAUCAGCCAGUAAAGCCGCCGACAAGUGAAGUAAUGGAUGAAAGCAAUACGGUUCACUUUGCCUACUCGGUUACACUGCUGCAUCACGGCCAUGUUAUACAUUGCAACAUCCCCGGCAUACCUUUCUCACAGGCAACAACCCUCCGACCCACCUUCACAAUGUAUAACGACCAACACCUGCUAGUGUACUGCGCAGAUGUGUUCAUCCACAUGUUGGACGUCGGCCAAAAGCACGAGCCUUGCUGCCACAUUCUGCUCGGCAGCCAUUUUGAGGAGGCCGCGGCCGAGGUGUCGUCGCGCCUCGUCACUCUGUGGCAUCCGCACUUGGACUCCGAUCAGCUGUUGCUCAACCUCACCUCGCUCGACGUCAUCAAACUCAAGGUCACCCAUCGGCAAUUGGUCGACGCCUACAAACUGGUCGACGCGCCCAUCGAGAACAGACUGGCCAUCUUGCACUAUUUCCUCAUUCACGCCGCUGAACCCGACAUUGUGGCUCAGUUGCUCGAACCGAUGGCAGAGCAGUCAAUGGAUCUGGACAUAACCAGCGUGAUGCAAGAGGUGCUGGUGGGAGGGGCAUUCGCCACAGUCAUGCGCAGUCUGCCUUCCGACGCGCAUGCGCUGAUCAACCUCCUGCCUUUCACCACUGUCAACGCGGCCACGCCCAUUGAAGUCAAGCUGGGCUGUAAGCACGUAAUGUCGCUGACGCAGGAAGACCUGUGGAAUCCGUCGGUGAUGCUGCUGAUGCCACGUCAGCGGCUGAUGCCCUACCGGCCCGACAUGUGGACGGCGCUCUGGGAUGCGCUGUCAGCCAAGAAGGAGCCGCGCUUCCGGUCGGCCACCGUCGCCGAGAAGCUUAUGGUGUCGCUCGUCUGCUAUCAGCCAGAAGCACUGUCGCGAUGCAGCACGCCCCUCUCUCCUGGCGGCGCCCUGAUUGGCGGUUCGGCCGGCAGUCUGACUGACAUGGCCAUGAUAACCGGGGGUUGGGGCGGUGGCGGGGGUGGCAGGUCAAAAGGGGUGGCAUCAGCUGAUCCGCUGCCCUUCUACGAGGUGGAGUCAUCAGCGGCCAGCAAGCAGGAGCAUGUCAUUUCUGUCAACCUGCGCGAGGUGAGCAUGCACCUGUUGAAGCGAGGUGGUGUGGCGGGCAUGGACUCUGGCAUGCAGGUGCACGCAGUGGCCACCCGGUAUGCGGCCGCUCAGCUGGAGGCGUCGCAUCACCUCUGUCAGCUGGUCACCAGGUCAGCGGCCAUUGAUACAAAGCAUGUGGAGCGCGGAUUUCCUCUCGUGAAUGCGUUGGAGGAGGGCAAACGGGUGAUUCUGUUUUCAGUGAUGGAGCGCUACAACUUGGCCAUUGAGAGCCUGGCGUUUCCCCUGCCGCAGGGUUUUCCCUCGUUCAUGGCCUACCUGGGCUAUCGCACGCUGCCCUUCGCCGUCUUCCUGCAAUACGUGCAGGCCAGUGUUCUGCAAUUGCAGGUCGACGUCAUGAAGGCUAUCAUUGCAGAUUUGUCGGACACGGGUGAAGGCCUCAGACGCAAGCUGCGCUUGCUGCAACUGUUGCCGCGUUCGCGCGCCAAACGCCUGCUGAACCAGUGGACGCAUCCGGCCAGCCUCAUGCUGCGCGCACGCGAGCACACGCUCAACAUACUGGCGGGCGUAGAGGGCGCGCAUCCUCCGCGCCCCGCCCCGCCGCGCCAGCAUACCCGGCUCAGGAACCGAGGACUAGCCGCUUUCCCAUCUGCUGAUCGGCUGUCUCCGUUAGAUACUUUCCUCGAUCUUUUAACAGCUAAAGCCAGUUUAGCAGAACUGGAUUUCACACUACUAGUUGAAGCUACUAUGGCGUCAACUGAGGAAUUCCUCGAGUAAUAUCAUCAAUAUCUCCAUCAACAUUGUAUACAUUUUAUCAAUAUUGGCAACUUCAUCAUCAUCAUCAACUGUUGUCAUCGAUAUUGGCAACAUCAUCAUCAUCAGUUUCAGCAUCAUACUCAUCAUGGGACCUACAACGGUUCAUCAACUGGUAUCGUUUUCAUUUUUUAGUUUUAAUACUAUAUCUAGUCAUUUACAUGUACCCAGUACCUUUUAAACUAUAUUUUAAUUGAAUAUUUAGGCUCAACUCACACUUACGCGACUCAAAUCGAGAAGAGAA